AUGCUCAGUUCACGCAACAACCUUGCGAUUCUGAGCGAAGCACCACAGUCCCGAUAUGUUGACUCGAUCCCCGCCAAUCUCCCCCCGGUUCCGCUCGCCUCUCGGCGACUCCCCUUUAGCUUCCCCUUUCGUCGCAAAUUCCGCCGCAAAUCCCGCCGCGUCUCCCGCCGGCUCCGCGCAUCACGGGUGGUGGCGCUGGUGAUACAAACGGGGGGGGAGAAGGGGGAGCAGGGGGAGAGGGAGCGGGGGGAUAUAGAGGCGCGGAGGGUGGUGUUGGCAGCGCUGCAGCCCCUGGCGGAAAUAGCUUCCGCCAAGCAGGUCAGGGUAGAGGUGUGCGUGUGUUGGGCGGCCGACGUGCCCCAGGGUCUGCUGCAGGGCGCGUUGACGCUGCGGGCAGGGAUCGUGGUGCUGGGUGCCGCCAAGAAAAGCAGUAUGGGCUUUAAGAGUUCCUCCAUCUCCUCCGCCACUCAAGAAACAGUCACUCUGCUCGCUCGUCACCUCCCCACCACCACAAAAGUCAUGCUCGUCUCCCAUGGCGCCUGCUCCCUCUCCAAAUCCGGAGAGCUCUCCACCGCUCCCAACCCCUCGCCCUCCCCUCUCCACCCUUCUGCAUCGCCUGUCUCUCCCCUCUCCGCUCUAAACACCCCUCUGGCUUCCUCUGCUGCUGCUCCUACUGCCUCAUAUACCCCCUCCCCCGGUUCUGCAUCCCCUUUAAGAGCUGACCCGAGAGAGUGUCAGCCUGUUGGGAGUGGGUCUGAUUCGCAGAGGGGGAGUGGGGAGAGAGGGGAGGGUGGAGAGGGAGAGGGGAGGGGGGGUGGAGAGAUGAUGGAGGUAGAUGGGGAGGGGAUGGGUGGCGUGGUGGGGAGAGGGGGAGGGGAAGCGUGUGCGGUCAACACGAAACAAUUCCUCACGGAGCUUCGGGUGGUCCGGAAGGUUCGGCACCCGAACCUGCUGCGCAUGCUCGGCGCGUGCGUGACAGCUGGCGAGCUUCUAAUGGUCUUCGACUACCUCCCGAACGGCGCGCUCGACAUGCGGUUACGGGAUAACCGCAAGCCGCCGCUGACGUGGCAGCAGCGGCUGGAGAUCGCGAGCGGGGCGGCAAGGGGUUUGGCGUUUCUGCACAGUGGGUGCCGCCCGCCCAUCAUUCACCGGGAUGUGAAGUCGGGGAACAUUCUGCUGGACGAGGACUUGGAACCCGUGGUAUCAGACUUUGGUUUGGCAAAAGUCGCACCGGAGCAUUUCACACAGCCGAUGACCGUCACAGCCAUCAUGGGCACACAGGGCUACGUCGCACCUGAAUACGUGCGGACAGGCAAGAUCACCGAGGCGGUCGACGUGUUUGCAUUCGGGGUCGUGCUGCUAGAGCUCAUCACAGGCCACAUCCCCUUCCACCCCUCCAGAACACCAGCUUACCUCUUUGCUUGGGCAAUCCCAGUCGCCAAAUCAGGGGAAUUCCAUCGCCUAGUGGACUAUCGACUGGAGGGGCGGUACGACCCGAGCCAGCUGCAGGCAGUGGCGAUGCUGGCAGUGAUCUGCCUUGCCAGCAACCCUAAAGACCGGCCGGCAAUGGCUGAUCCCACUGGUGCUGAGUCGCCAUAG